AUGGCGCAGCGCCAACCUGAGGUGAUCCGGUCGGCUCCGAGCGGACGGGUGUUUGCCGCUCAAGCCGAGGAACCUGCCGAGGCCGAGGAGCGCAAUGUUGUGGCAGGUGCUACACACUCAUUCAUCAGUAGGCCAUUUGCACAAAUGCACGACAUAGACAUUCAGUUGAGUGGAAGCACUUGGCGAGUAGAGGGCCCCGGGCGUGCGUUUGUUAUUCGAAAGGAGUGUUUGGCUUGUCCAGUUCAGUUGGGCAAUUGGAUCAUGCCGACACGGAUGUUGGUGCUCAAGAAGUUGAAGGACCUCCACGUUAUAUUGGGCAUGGACUGGCUCUCGAAGUAUUAUGCAUCUAUUGAUUGCAAGAACAAGGUGAUGGCAUUUCGUGAGCUAGGACAGGAGAGUUCGCCUAUCGAGCUUGCAAGAGCUCGUGUUUCGCCGCGAUAG